GGUCUUCCUCCCAAAAUCCCCUUUAACGAUUCAACUGCGAGACUCGACUCACACCUAUUUUCAAGAAGCUGGUCUUCUUUGAAGUCAAUACUUCCAUCACCCACGCACUUCGUCGUUGUAGUCGUCGUCAUCCUCUAGACAUUUGCGACUGCUGUCAGCUGGUCUGCCCCGCAUUCGCCCUACACCUCUCUUUCCUUCACCCCCGGCCCUGUCUUCAGAUCACCAUGAGGCUCGCCGCGACAGCCACUCUGGUGCAAUUUGUUGCGUUGGCGUUUCACAGCGCCCUUGCGCAUCCCUUGCCCAUCGAUCAAUCUGGUGGUAGCUCUGUAGCGGGCGCCUUGCAUCGACGCUCACCUCUGGGAGGCAUCGCCGCUGGUCUGCUCGAGGCGGAGAAUGCUGCCAAAGGCGCUGCCACGCUUGGCAAGUCGGCCUCGACGAUAGGGAGGGAAGCGACUCAGCUCGAGAAGGCCGGUUCCACUGUUGGGAAGGGCGGCGGAGAAAUCGGUUCAGCGGGCAAGGUUGGCGAUGAUCUGGCGGGCAAUGCUGGUAAGCUCGGCAAGAAGAAGACGAGCUUCGGCAAGAAACUGCUUUACGCGGGUGGCGGUACCGGUCUUGUUGUUGGCGGCGGCUAUUACAUGUUGAAGUCGCAAGCCGCCGAACAGAAAGCUCUCGCUACGCAAAAUGCCGCGCUGGCCAAACAAAACGACGAAUACAACAAGAUGAUGAAGCAAGCGGGUCUGAUAAAGAAAGACAUGGACAAGUCCGUCGAGGAGCUCUAUGCGCGUGAGGAAUCAGGAGAAGUUGCUGAGCCCAACGAUCAGCACGCAGAGACGCUCGAACGUCGUGAACCGAUGCUGGGGGGCGCGGCUCGAGGCUUCAGCUCGCUCUUCAAAUUGGGCAAAUCAGGCAAGACCAUUGCUUCUGACGUCAAAGGUGUAGAAGGCCUGGCUAGCACUGCUGGCAAGGCCGGGAAGGUCGGGAAGGCUGGCAAGUGGGGCAAGGCAGCAAAGUGAGUUGAUCUAAGUGCCUUUCCAAACGAGCCUGCGCGGCACGUUGAAGGCAGUCUGGCGAAAUGUUCGAUCUUCUCAGUCCAAGUCAUGUGCCACACUGACGUGAAACCACACU